AUGGAUGAGCUGGAUGCCCUCCUCGACUCGCUCAUUGAACAACGCAAGGCUCCAGAGGCGUCGUAUAUUGACAGUAACCAUGAAAAGACCCUCAAGAUCGAACAGGUACCGGGACAGGGCCAAGGGGUAUUUGCAAAGCAGUUCUUGUCUGUAAAGGACCCGAUCUGUUCAUUACCUUGUCCAACCAUGAUGGCGAUCGACUCGGAUUUUUUACACACGACGUGCUACCACUGCCUCGUCGUCAGCGAGAGUCCACUGCCCAUUCCCGGGUACGGACACGCCUCUGUCCAGCUCAAGAUCUGCAACGGCUGUCACGCCGCGCGCUUCUGCAGCAGGAGCUGUCAGGUCGACGCCUGGCACGCAUACCACAAGUACGAAUGCAAGAUCUUCAAGAAGGUGCAGAACAACCUGCCACCUGCCAUCCUCCGGGCCGUGCUGCGGGCGGUGCUCCUCAAAGACCGCGACAAGCUGCCGAGCGACGAAUGGGGCCGCAUCACACAGCUGACUUCGCAUGAGCAGAUCCUCGCUGCGCGCGGCCGGUCGAACCUGACCGACAUGGCCGAGGGGAUCAAACACCUGGCCGCGUCCAGCAUGGCGACUGAGAUGAUCCAGCGGCUGAUCUUCAUCAUGAAAUCCAACGCGACCGAGCUGCCGACCCCAAUCCAGGGCGGGAUCGGCGUCAUGCUGGAGCCUCUGGUGGCGAAAUUCAACCACAGCUGCGAACCGAACCUGGCGGUCCAUAGACCCCAACACACCAUGACGGGUGGCUGGAUGACCUCCUCGCAGCUCUCGGACGACCAGCGGCGAGCAUUCAUCCACGUCAUUCCGCUCCGAGACAUCCAACCAGACGAGGAGCUGUUCAAUUGCUACAUCGUGCCCACGGCAUCGGUGAGCGCCAGGAGAGCAAAGCUAAUGGAAGACUACUUCUUCACAUGCAAGUGCCCCAAGUGCCUCGCGGACAUCAAGGCCGCCGCCGACCUGGCCGCAGAGCAGCCGCGUCUCCCAGAGCAGUUUGACAAGUGGACCGAGUCGGUCGCGCGCCAUCUGUCGCCCGAGAAGCGCAGCCUCGAAGCCUUCCGCCGGGCCGCCACCGCCAUGGACAAAUCCGACCGCUUCCUCGACCAACCCUCAUUGUACACCACGGGCAAAUUCCCCGAAAUGGCCAUGCGACUCAUCCUCGAAGCGCUCAAGUACCGAGCCCUCGAUGAAGCGCUGAUGAACGUGCUCCGCGUGUUUUUCCUCGUCAACCCGUCGCGCUUCGUCGGUCGACACAACCCCACCCACAUAUACACCGUCUUCCUCAUGCUGGACAUCUUCGAUGUAUUGCUGGGAUUCUCGACUUCGGCGGCAAUCGCCGGCGACAAGGUCGACAAGGCGCUGCAGAACCUGUCGAGUCGGGGUUUGGGAAAGGGCGAGGUCAUGUACUGGCGUCGGAGGAUCUGCGCGGACUUGCGAACGAGGGUGGAAGCGAGCGCGUUGACGGAUCUGCUGGGUCUGGUUCAGCAGAGGGAAGAGCAGGCGGAGCAGAAGACCGCGGACCAAGAGUCCCUCGCUGGAGGGGAGGGACUAAAAGAACGUGCGGAAGAGGGAAUGAGAGCUGUCUUGAAGUUGAAUGAUCAGACAUGGCAAAGUGUCCUAAAGGAGACGGGGUGCUGA